AUGGCUUCCAACAACCCGAUUUCCAACGCUGCUUCCGCCGCCGGCGAGAAGAAGGACUCCAGCCCCUCAAACCCCAGCAUCAUCUCAUCUGAGGGUGCUAUUGGAAAGCAAUUCAACCCCGACGGUAACAUUGGCCAGAUUGGCGAGAAGAUCGGCGGUCCCUUCUCCAAGGACGGUGCGAUUGGUAGCCAAUUCAACGCCAAGCACGACGGUAUCGCAGGGACGGUAGAGAAGGCAGUUGAUGGUCCCAGAAACCCGGCCAAGAAAUAG